UUCAAUAGUACAAUACAUGCAUUUGACGAGAUGAGGCUAUUAAUAUUUUUCCUUGUGUUAUUUUCUCUGUCGCACGGUUUAGAGAACAUCGAUAAAAGGUGCGUUAAACAAUAUUUGCAGAAGGUUCAACUUCUUGACGAGAAUGGAGAUGAAGAUUUGAUCACUCAAAAAUGUGAAACGUAUAUUGAGAGCCUUAAAGAAAAUUUCUACAACCUUUGGCAAUACCAUUACAAAUUUCAGCAUCCUAUCGUCGAAGAAGAGUCGAGCAUACAAUGUUUCAUCGAAGAAACUAAAAAGUGGCAGCUCCAUGAUCGUUAUCUUUUAGAUUUGCUUUUAAGAGACAAUGAAACAAAUGACAAAAAAUUAAAGCGAAGAAAUAAUUACAUCUUUGAGCGAUUGAAAAGUCAAGCUUUAAUUGAUUGCAAACUUGAUCAACCUUAAAAGCGCGACAGAUGCUAAAUAAAAAUUUAAUUCUAAAUAUGUUAUAACUAUUGUUUCAAGAAGAAAAAGUUUCAUAAAAUCGCACUUUAGGAUUAUGUAUGUAUGUUAG